AUGCGCUACGCCGACUCUAUCACCGUGGAUCCUCAUAAGAGUGGGUACGUCCCGUAUCCUGCCGGGGGGCUCUGCUACAAGGACGAGCGGUCGAAGUACCUCAUCACCUGGACCGGGCCAUACAUCGACGGAGGAGCGAGCGAUGUCGAGUCCAUGGGCGUAUACGGCCUCGAGGGCAGCAAGCCAGGCGCCGCACCCGUAGCUGCGUACAUCUCCAACGAGGUCAUCGGGUUGCACCGCGGUGGGUACGGCGGGCUGCUUGGCGAGGCGAUGUUCACGUCCGUGAAGAUGUACGCGCACUGGGUCACGAUGACGCUCGAGUCGGAUACGCUCAUCGUGAUUCCGAUGAACGUGCUGCCCGCAGAGCGCGACGGCAAGUUGGACGAAGAAGUCGGCGCACAGCUUGCGUUCAUCAAGCGGAACAUCGUCGACCGCCCCAACCGCGAGCUGGUGAGGGACCCGGAGGCGAUGUACCUAAUCAGGAUGAUGGGCUCGGACUUGUCCAUCAACGCGUUUGCGUGCAACUUCCGGCUGUCGAGGGGUGGUCCGUCGAACAAGGACGUCGCGGAGGCAAGCUACCUCAAUGCGCGCAUCAUAGAGCGCCUAGCGGUUAAUCGCGUCGAUGACGAUGCGCGCAAGAAGCCUAUUUUGCUCAUGGGCACUGAGCUUGAUCACGAACGGUAUGGAUCGUGCUUGCAGACGUUCAAGGACCGGCUUGGGCUCAAUGCAGAGGACCCGCGACCGCUGUCGGGUCUGUGCAACGUGUCGAUGUCAGCGUUUCCGACCACUGGGAACUUCGUACGGGAGUUAGCCGAUGCAUUUCGCAAGAUCGCGGAAGAGGAGGUACAGAACUGCUGGAAGCGAGUGCACGUUGCUCCGGCGAUCCACAGCUUCGUUAUGCAAGGAACAGAACAGCUGUUCCUUAUCUAUCUGCCGAUGUUCAACUGGGGAAGUUAUCGCCAGCAGCUCAUCUUGUCCGCGAAAUUGCCGCAAGAGGUCAUGGAUGCAUAUGCUCGGGCGCAAAGGGAGAAUCCGGCUGCUGUCUUCAGCCUGCAUACAUCUUCGGAAGAAUUGCUGUCGUCAAUCUUGCAACGGCGAGAUUGCGAGGUAGAUAUACACCAAGGCUUUCCCAUGCUGCACGGGGUCGCUGGUGAUCUGAACUCGUUGUCAAAAACCCGAGUCGGAUUGACGGACAUCACCGUUGUCAAGCACAUCAAGCUCUCGCCGAGUGCGCUCGCAGAUGAUUACCCCCCUCUCAUGCCAUUCUUCCUGUACGGGUCGCCGAAGGAACAGCACAUCGACCAUGUGCUGCUGAAGAACGACAACGUUCAGCUCAGCUCUAGUCGCGUAGAGCUUGACUUCGGGCCUAGCGCCGAGCGCAUCCGCAAAGAGAUCGGCUCAGGCACCGGUUUCAUCCUUACCUUCGACGACCUGCGCGAGCAUGCGAUGCAGCCAUUCGGACGACGUCACAAACCAGAUUUUUUCGCUCCCAAUCGGACGUUCCGUGUAUCCCUCCAUAUGGAUCCGUUCACCAGUCAUGGGUUAGAAGCUGUCGACAUGCAUCAGCUCUUCGAUCAUCUUCAGCUGGAGAAGCCAACGGCACAGGGCACUAUCACCUUGGGAGAAAGCGUGUAUCUGGACUAUGCCCAUCUCAACCGCGACACGGUCCCGCGACUCUGUAUCACGCCUACGGAGCAAUUGACUAGGGAUCAACUGCUAUUAUCGGUGACCAAGGACUACCAGAAGAUUGUCGACGAUAUCGUACGCAUAGUAUCGCACGAAAGCGCCGCAGCCGCACCAGACAUUGACGAACACAUCCUGGCUCGAGCUGCACUGCCGACAAAAUACGCCCUGGGGAAAUCGGGAGAAGGGCCCGGACACGCAGGUCCCUCCGCCGCAGGCAAGGUGCAUCUCAGUCGGUUCACUGUAUCUCACCUCAGCGACGUACAUAGUCGGCAGCUGAUGGUACGUACUGGUUGGAAAGACAUGUUUGAUGAAACGGUUGCGAAUUGUAGGAGUGAGUGUGCCACGAGAUAG